AUGGCCAAGUUCACGUAUCCAGCAGCGAGGAGAGACGAGAGCAAGGUGGAUAAUUACCACGGCACUAAGAUUUGUGACCCUUACGCUUGGCUGGAAGACCCCGAGAGUGAGGAGACCAAGGCCUUUGUGGAGGCGCAAAACAACCUGACAAUGCCGUUUCUGGAAAAAUGCAAAAUCCGAGAGAAGUUUCACGAGCGACUGACAGAGCUCUACGACUAUCCCAAAUACAGCACCCCCUUCAGGAGAGGAAACCGAUACUUUUACUUCCACAACAAAGGGCUUCAAAAUCAGAGCGUGUUGUACGUCCAGGACUCUCUCCAUGCUCCGGCCUCCGUGUUCUUCGACCCAAACACUCUGUCUGAGGAUGGGACUGUGGCCCUGAAGCUGGGGCGUCUGUCGGAGGACUGUGAGCUGUUUGCCUACGGACUAAGCAGCAGUGGUUCUGAUUGGGUCACAGUUCACUUCAUGAAGGCCACAGGAGACCUGCUCCCGCUGCCGGACCUCCUGCACAGAGUCAAGUUCAGCUGUUUGGAGUGGACCCACGACCAGAGGGGAGUCUUCUACAACAGCUACCCCCCACAGGAGGGGCCCACGGACGGCACCGAGACGACCUCCAACAUGAACCAGAAGUUGAUGUACCAUGUGAUCGGAACGAAGCAGACUGAGGACGUCCUGGUGGCUGAGUUUCCACAGAAUCCAAAAUGGCACAGCUCUGUCACCGUCUCAGACGAUGGCAGAUACGCAGUUCUGUCCAUCACUGAAGGAUGUGAACCUGUGAACCGUCUCUGGUACUGUGACCUGCAGCAGCUGCCCAACGGUAUCACAGGUUUGCUUCCUUGGGUCAAACUUGUGGACACUUUCGAAGCCCAGUUUUCGUACGUCACAAACGAAGGAACCGUGUUUACGUUUCAUUCGAACCUGGAGUCUCCGCGAUACUGUCUCAUCAACAUCGACAUCUCCAAACCAGAGAGAGACCAGUGGACAACCCUGCUCCCACAACACCACAAGGACGUCCUCAGCUCAGUGGUCUGUGUGAACAAGUGCCACCUGCUGGUCACAUACAUCCACGACGUGAAGGACGUUCUGCGGCUGUUCUGCCUGCAGACUGGGCUCCUGGAGCGGGAGCUGCCUCUGGGCGUGGGCACUGUCUCUGGAAUCAGCGGCAAAAAGAAAUACUCUGAGAUCUUCUACAAGUUCACCUCCUACACCACUCCAGGCAUUAUUUAUCACUGUGACCUGAAGGAUUCAGAUGCAGAACCACAAGUGUUCAGACAAGUGGAGGUGAAGGGCUUCAGAGAGGAGGAGUACCAGACUUCACAGGUCUUCUACAGCAGUAAAGAUGGCACAGAGAUCCCCAUGUUUCUGGUUCACUCCAAAAAUCUGCAGAAGGAUGGCUCUAACCCGGUCUUUCUCUAUGGAUACGGAGGCUUUGAAGCCGCGAUACAACCAUACUAUAAUGUGGCCUACCUGGUGUUCGUGCAGCACCUGGGAGGAGUGUUAGCUGUGGCCAACAUCCGAGGAGGAGGAGAGUAUGGACUGGAAUGGCACAAAGCUGGGACGCUGGGAAACAAGCAGAACUGUUUUGAUGAUUUCCAGUGUGCUGCAGAGUUUCUGAUCCAAGAGAAUUUCACCAACGCCAGAAAAAUUACCAUCAACGGAGCAUCCAACGGAGGACUGCUCGUGGGGGCCUGUAUAAACCAGCGUCCGGACCUGUUUGGUUGUGCUGUGGCGGAGGUGGGGGUAAUGGACAUGUUGAAGUUUCAUCGUUUCACCAUCGGUCACGCCUGGACUACGGACUACGGCUGCUCUGACGAUCCACAGCAGCUGCAGUGGCUCCUCAGAUACUCCCCCCUCCACACCCUCCCCUCGGCCCCCUAUACUGGGCCUCCGUUCCCCGCGGUGCUCCUCCUGACGGCGGACCAUGACGACCGCGUGGUUCCUCUGCAUACACUGAAGUACUGCGCCGCCCUGCAGGCCGUGGUGGGUACUGCACCUCAGCAAACUCAGCCGCUGCUGCUGAGAGUGGACACGCAGAGUGGUCACGGAGCCGGGAAACCCACUGCUAAAGCUAUUCUGGAGGACACACAUAUAUACGCUUUCGUCGCAGAGACUCUGGGACUGGAGUGGAGGCAGUGA